CUGACUGUUUGGCCUAUUCGACUAGAGAAAGUGAUGACUUUUAAAGCACCCUCUCUUGUAUCCAAUUUGAGCUCAGUGUCUGAAACAGUAGGUCUCGUGGAACGUUUUUCUUUUCAGCUUGUGAAGAGUCAGUAACUGGCCUCUUCCGGCAUGAAAUGGAGACACUCAAAUUCCCAGGAUCAACAAUUACCUUAAUUGCUAUCAAUGGGUUGCAUGUUGCUAAAGCCAUUGUGCUCCCAGUGAAAUCCAAGUACAUUCCUGGAGUUGGGGUCAAGGUGAAAUUUUCUGCUAAACUCAAAAUCCUGGGCACUUGCUGGUCUAUCCUCUUAUCUGGCCUGACCACUAUCAACGUGCAUGUAGACUGUAGUGCGCUCGUUCUGCUGCCUAAGUAUUUGCCACUUACCACCAGCGUUGCCGUCAAGGAUUGUCAAUGUGCGAUGGUUCUCAAGGACAUCAGUAUCAACUUGCUCGAUAUCCGUGCGAGCGUGACAGCCAGCCUAGGGAACAACAUUCUACUGGCGUUACAAGUCAAGACCCCGACGAUACUUUCCGCUUGUAUUUCCUUCGGGCAUUCAAAGAUGCUGAGUGAGAUUAACUCUGUACUCCCAUUUGAGAAGGGAAAGCUCCUGUAUGUGGCUCAGACUCCAAAAGUAAAUGACCGGUUCAUUGAAAUUCCUGUACAGACGGAAUACCUGGCUGACGAUGGGAAGAAGAUCCCCAUUCCACCCCUCCCGGAGAACUUUGUGAUAUUGCCAGAAAUGAAUCAUACAUCUGAGGCCAUAGGGGAGAAUGUCAUCACUUCUAUCUUCUCCUACACAGUCUUCAAGAAACCUCAUUCCUUCUCUUGUACCCCUCAAACAUUUCUUGACACUGUCUCCCUGGAGCUGACCCUCUCUGAACUGAUUGUUUCCAAGUGCCCAACCUGCACUCCAAUCUCCUCUUCGCUGUUCAUCAUUACCAAAAUGGUCACACCUCUGACGGUCGGUCUGGAUGUGAACCUGUGCACCAUGAAUCUCACUCUCAGCCUGCAGAUAAUGGAUAAAAAGGGAAACAAGAAACCUGUGCUCCUCGUUGCUUUGAAAGCAGAACUCGGUUUGGUUGCCACUCUCCAGCUGGUUGAAGGAAAGGUGCAAUUCACUGCAUCCCUGGACAGAUUGCAUUUCAAGCUGCUUUCCUCAAUCGUGGGCCCUGUCAUUAUUGUACGUCUUCAGGCGCCUUUGAGAGCCUUCAUCACGAAAAUUAUACUAAAGGAGAUCAACUUUUACCUCCACUUAGCAAAAAUCCCAAUAUUUAGAGCACCAGGACUGCAGCCCAGCUUUGCUCAUUGCCACCCUUCUAAGCACUGUCUUGUGUGCCAUAAAAAACUCCAUAAAGGGUGAUGUACCAGGCGAGUGUGGUGCUGACUCACCUCUGACACCGAGGAGAGAGAAGAAAGAGUGGCACAAAUGAGGAGGCUUAAUUCAUGUUCCUUUUUCCAAAAUUUUGAUUCAAGCUUUUUACUCUGGGGAAAAAUUGCCACAUCUGCUAUGGAAUUUCAGCUAAAGAACGGCCGUAGAUCUGAUAGUCUCCUUGUUACUUGGAUUUACUAUUUUUCAAAUCAAAUCUGUCUUGAGUGAUAAGUUUCAGGGAGGGUUUGGGAUUGUGGUUAUUAUUCUAUUAGUUUAUUUGGUUACUCUGUUAAUAAAUCAUUCUUCUUAGCAUGCCUGCUGUGUUCAUUUCACCCCACUGCAGGAUUCGGUUCCCUAUUUGAGAAUUCAUACUGCUCUCCACCCCCACAUAAGAUUUGUGUAUUAGUAAUUAAUUCCAUCUGCUGUUCUUCAUUGUCCAGUGCAUAUAGGUUAUACAUAUAUACAUGCACUUAUA